UCAGACGAAAAACAUGGCGGACAAAAGUGACAGUUCGUCUGUCCAAAAAGGACAAAAAGUUGUUUCCAUGAAGCUCUUUGCUUCUCUGGAAAUCGAGAAAUCUUCAUCCAAUUGUAUACCACGAAUAUGCAGUUUGCGGAUUACAAGACUUAUGGUUUUGAAGCCUCUUGAAAGUGAACUUACCUCAGUCAUUGUUGCUUUGAAAAUGCAGAGCUCAAAGCGUGUUCUUCGCUCAAAUGAAAUUGAGAUUGCAAGUGUUGGUGUUGCCGACGUUAUGCUUGAUCUUUCAUUUGUGAUGCAGUACCCGCAUUUUCUGAAGCGGGAUGGAAAUAAGCUGCAGGUGAUGCUACAGAGGCGGAAGAGAUACAAGAACAGACCCAUCAUUGGCUACAAGACCCUGGCUGUCGGCCAGCUUAGUAUGGCAGAGGUCAUGCAGAACAGAGAGAACAAUAAAGAGUUGAGCCUGUAUCGGGAACUCAAGGACCAUAAGAAUGUGGUUGCCAAGGUGAUCAUGCUCAACCUGUCAUCUACGCCAGUCGACCAUGAGGACGUGAAUGGCCGUAGAAAGAUGUUAGCCGCAUCAGAUGCUGAUCGAUCGCCUGACAUUGAUGCAGAUUCAGAGGAAGAUGAGAAUGAGUUUGACCAGGAAGCGUGGUCGAAUGAUGACCUCUCUGACAGUGAGCCAACCAUGUUAGAUGAAGGUGGUCCCUCCAGGAAGAGGGGUGUGGCCAGAACAAAGGUUCGGCCAGCCAUGAAUAGGCAAAGGAAUCUGAAGCAGAAGUUUGUUGCCCUGUUGAAGAGAUUCAAGAUUUCAGAAGAGGUGUUGGACUCGGAGGCUGACCAUGAGCUAGGAGACGGGGGUAACCCUGGCGACAUAGAAGACCUGAUAGAACAGCUAGAGGACCUGUCUGACAGUGAACCAGAGAUGGACACCAUGUCUGUCAUGUCUACGCCAAAACCAAGGCUCCGACCUUUCUUUACUGGUAGAGGAAGUACAAAUGACAUUGACUGCCAGAGUUUAACAGAAGGACAAUACCACCAGGGCCUCAACAGCGAUGACAGCUCCAACAGUCAGGCUGAAAGGGACACCGAUCAGGAAACUUCUGACGUUACCAUGACAACCAGCAUUGAAGUACCCAGUAUUAGAGACCCCCCUGUGAAAACUGAAAAAUCUGAGCCACAAAAACGUAACUCGCACCCACAGCCACAGAGCAUGCUCCUGAAACCUAUACAGCGGGAACGCAGCACGUCCUACAAGGAGAGGCAGGAGAAAAAGACCCCUCGACCCCUUGACCGCUGCAAUAGCAUGGGUUUGGUCGACCAGUUGCCCCGGAAGGCCCUGCUGGACCAGCUGGGGAUGGUGCUUGGGGGAUCUGAUGACAAACUGCCGGACUCCCUUCUACUUGUGAACACAGCAGACUGGCAGGGACAGUUGCUGGUUCAGAAGCUACAGGAGAAGCAGUUGCGGGUAAUUUGUACAUGCUCUGAAGCCGAUGUCAGGGCAGCUAUCAACUUCAUCGUUUCCAAAAUACAGAAAUUUUGCAACUUUAACUCCCGUAACCCCCACGCAAUAAAGCUGGUAGUAUCAGGUGGAGACAGCUACAUCAACUCCGUGUUGAGACCCUAUGUUGAGCAGUUCUCCGCCAAGUCACCGGACUGGCAACACUACGUCAAAUUCCUUGUUAUACCUCUUGGUUCUAGUGCUGUAGGAAAGUACAUUGCUCACAUAGACAACACUUACGGCAGUCUGUUUAUGGACCAUGCCUGGCGAGACUGCUUUGAGAAGAUUGACACAGUUAAGCUUGAGUCACAAGACGUGUACAGUCGCGUGUCUAAGUACCUUGGCUCUGCAGGCGGAGUCGUUCAGAUACCCAUAGCGGAAGCCAUGGUCAUGUGCAAGGGGAAGGGAAGUGACGAGGAGUCCAGUCAAGUAUUUGUGCCAUUUCUUUGUGAGGUGAAGGUUGGAAGUGGUGAGGUGCUGGGAACCAGUGUGGACUAUGACGAGGGUCUCCCCACCCCGGGCUCACUAUCAUCUUCCCCGCCCCAGUCCCUAAACCCUGACAAGCUCCAGUCAACUCCACCUAACUCGCCCAAUGUCAGUGGCACGGCACCUUUUCUAAGCGCACAGACCCCACCUUCCUCAACAUCGUCCACAAGCUCAUUCUCCCCUCGUGACUACGUGGAGAUGCAAGUGGACUACUGGAUCCUUCCCGGCAAACCUGACUCCACGGAUAAGGGGGAUAAGUCUAGCAAGAAGGAUAGUAACAAGGUCUCACUCAAGUCAGCAUUCAAAUCACUGCAGGUGAGUCGCUUGGGUUCCUGGUGCCCAUCCAUGGCCGGGCCAGACGCCCAGACCAUACCAUUCUCCCUGACUGUGGUUACCAGGGAGAAGAAACAGAAAAUUCGUAUUGGUAAGAAGUCCAAAGAGGGAGAGUCAAAGACCUCGAUGUAUGAUGGCAUUAGCAGGUUGAUAUGUACGUCAAAAAGUCUCAACCAUUCACUGAAAGUGACAGUGGAUGGGGUAGACUGGCCCGGCGUCAAGUUCUUUCAGCUGUCAUCCCAGUGGCAGACACACGUAAAGCAGUUCCCGGUCUGUGUAUUCACCUCUGACCCUGCCCAGGUCACAUGACCUUCACCUUCUGUAACCACAGCAACGCUUUGCUGCAGAGAUUAGCUGGUCUGCUGUCAGUUUCUAGAGGCAGAUGACUCCCAACAGUCACUUGUAUGCUGAAUAUUUGUUGAUUGCCAUUAUGUCAAUGCCAUAUAGUUCGAAGUCAGCACAUAACAUGUGUAUCUGACCUGUUAUUAUCUUUUGUGGUAGGUAGUAACAUUGAACUGUGAAAUUUAAUGCCAAAAUCAUUGCUUCAUUUUUGUGAUUGAUAUUGAAGUUGCAUAUAGCUUUUUGGGGAAGUGAACUACUGCAAUAUAAGCUUAAUAAGCUAUGUUGUGUCCUUAAUGAUAUUAUUCUCAAAAACAGCUAGGUAAUUGAAACGUUUGCUCAUUGUUCAAGGUUGUAAAUAAAUGGUAAUGUGUUUCUUAGAAAACUGAUCAUAAAAGGCCUGCCAUGUAACAUGUAUUUAUGGAAAACAUUAAUGAAUUACGAAAAUGUUUGUAAGUAGUUGUAAAAUAAUAUGCAUGGCGCAUGUGCAGGAUUGCCUGUAAUAAUGUAGUAUUAAUGGACUGAAUAAUAGAAGAAAGUGCUACAGGCUUAUAGGGAAUCCUUCAUGUGUAAUCUUUAGAAAGUCACUUGUGGAUAAUGGUUUAGUGUUGGGAGAAGCAUACAGGAAAAUACACGGAGACAUGGAGUCAUUUUAUUGUUGUGAUCAGUAAACACCUUGAUAACAAUAGUUGCCAAAGCAUUUAUUAUCUAGAAAUACAUGUUGUUUCAUGUCAUGAAUUAUCAUGUUUUAACUGUUGUUUGUUAGCUGCAAGUUUUGCAUGUUAAUUUUUAAAUUUUGGCAAUAUUUGUGCUUGUUUAUCAUUGACGUCAUACCUCCCCCUCAGUUUUCUGAAUUACAAUCAUGUAUAAGCCGCAAAGUUACUAGCAUUACCGUAGUUCUUCAUAAGCCUUUGUCAUGACUCUCAUAAAUUUAGGUUGAAAUAAAAUUGAAUCCAAAAAAAUCAAUCUGGCGUGUUGGUUGAUGAUGCUUUAAAAGCUUAAGUUUCCAUGCUCAAGAGCUGGUUCUCUUAAUGGAAAUCGUUCAGCCUUUUUUAACAACCUAAGUUUGUUAUUUUCAUACAAAUGAUAUGGGUUUGCAUACCAGUUUUCUAGAUAUGUUUUAGUUGUGUAUAUAUUAUUGUGUUUCCAACCCAUUUACAUGUAAAAUAAGCCAGGCGUAAUAAUGGUAUAUUUUUGAAAUUGUGUUCAUUCAAGUAAUUGUAUACUAUUUAUGUUUGUAUAUACUGGCGUGUAUAUACUUUAGAGCUUGAACAAUUGUGAAUCAUCUUGUGCAAUGUUGAGUUGGGCAGCUGUGAUAGUGUUUGUUUCAUGCAGGUGUAUUAUAAGUUAGAAUUGCUUACCAAGUUUUUAUUGAAAUCUAUGUAUGAAAUCUGGAGAGGUUUUCAACUCGGUGUUCUCUUUGUUUUGCAAUAAUUUGAAUCUGCGUCUUAUUUUAGUGUCUCUUGUUUUGCUUAUAAAAGAUUUUUAAGGAAAAUCUAUUAAUCAAUAUUUUAUGAAGUUUUUUUUCUGUCAGUCCAUUGAAAUAGUGGCAUUAUUCUUUUUCCUUUUUUUUCCUUAUUUUAUUACGCAGUAUGAAAACUGGUAGAACAUUUUGUGUUGCACAGACCUGAUAGAAAGAGUUGAAUAUUCACCAUAUUUUUGGAGUCAAUCCGGUUACAAAUUUUAAAUCUAGAAAACGAUCAAUUUGGCAAUGUUUUCUUAACACUAAAAAUCACUAAAUGAUGGCAUUGCAUAUAUUAAUCCUCAAGAAAUAGAACAAAACUUAAAAAUUGAGUAAAUCUGAUGUCACAAAAUUGAUGCUCUCCGCUCCAUUGAACAAGCUAAGUAUAGGUGGUACCAUUGUGGACACAUCCUUUCUACUGAACACUUCGACACCAGGAGCAGUUUAUAAAGAAGCCUAGGAAUGAAAACACUCUUCUCUUCAGUUCUUUGUGAAACUGCCUCUUGCUGUACAGUUAAUGUUUUGAGAAACAAAAAAACAAAAAUAUUAGAUUAAUCACAUUUAUAUUACAUCACUAAAGUUUAUAUUACAUCACUUAAGUCUAUAUUACAUCACUAAAGUUUAUAUUACAUCACUUAAGUCUAUAUUACAUCACUUAAGUCUAUAUUACAUAACUAAUGUCUCUAUUAAAUCUGUUGUUAAAAAACAAAAAGAUAUGUAAAAUACAUUAGAGAAACAUGUUUUCUCAUUUUUAACCAGAAGUAUCAGGGAACAAAACUUACCCGGGGAUUCUUGAUGGAACAAGCUCCUCAUCUUUGCAAAUGAAAUGAGUAAAAACCAGUAUGGACACACUCUUGAGUUGAAGAGUAUUUUAUCAGGUAUUUUAACAGGGUUGUUUCUGUUUAGUUCCUUUAUUGGGUCUAGACUUCAUUACGUCUAGACUAUAGUACAUUUAGACUCUAUUAAGGCUAGACCUUAUUUUUUUAAACUAUUUAAUUUGAUGGUGAAUGAGUUGCUCAGUUUGUUUAUUGCUGGAGAAAAAGCAUUUUUUGUAAUUUGUCAAAAAGCAGAAUAGAUGUUUUGGUGCUAUAUGGCCUAUUUUAAGGUGCAAUUGUAUGUAUUCAUCUUUAUCACAUUGUUUGUUUGGGCUUCUUUUUCUUAUUUCAUUUGCUUUCCUGAUGCGUUUUUUAUAAAGACGUAAAAGUACAUAUAUUUCCAUAGCCAUAAUAACUGUAGGUGUGACAUGCAAAAUCAUAAUAUGUUUUAAGAUAUAUUCACAUUAGAAGGUUUUAAUGCUUGCGUAAUAAGUCAUAUCAAUUUAGCUUAGUUGAUCGUUGAGUAAUGAUCCUUGAUUAGCUCAUAUUACAUGAAUUACAUCUUAAACAGGGCUUUGAAUAAGGAAAUGUGUUGCUUAACUGCUUGAUAAAUUCUUAUCAGUAGGUAAUAAUGCUAUAAAUGUUUAAAAAAGUGCUAACAUAAGGUCUCAUGAAAAAGAAUGUUCUAUGUAUGAUUCAUGUAUUUAUAAUUCAAAAUAAUUUAGAAACACUUUGCUAUGUGCUCAUCUGACUUUUUCCUCAUUAAGUAGAUUUAUUGCUGAACUAUUUUAAACAUGUAUAUUAAAUGUAACAUGUAUAUAAAAUGUUAGAAAGUUGCAGCACCUUACAUUUUACAAUGGCCGAGAGUGGACGAACCUUACAGCUUACAAUGGCUGAAAGUGGCAGAACCUUGAAGCUUACAAGGGCUGAAAGUGGCAGCACCUUACAGCUUACAAUGGGCGAAAGUGGCAGCACCUUGCAGCUUACAAUGGGCGAAAGUAGCAGCACCUUAAAGCUUACAAUGGGCGAAAGUGGCAGCACCUUGCACCUUACAAUGGGCGAAAGUGGCAGCACCUUAAAGCUUACAAUGUGCGAAAGUGGCAGCACCUUGCAGCUUACAAUGGGCGAAAGUGGCAGCACCUUGCACCUUACAAUGGGCCAAAGUGGCAGCACCUUAAAGCUUACAAUGGGCGAAAGUGGCAGCACCUUGCAGCUUACAAGGGCUGAAAGUGGCAGCACCUUACAGCUUACAAUGGGCGAAAGUGGCAGCACCUUGCAGCUUACAAGGGCUGAAAGUGGCAGCACCUUGCAGCUUACAAUGGGCGAAAGUGGCAGCACCUUACAGCUUACAAUGGGCGAAAGUGGCAGCACCUUACAGCUUACAAUGGGCGAAAGUGGCAGCACCUUGCAGCUUACAAUGGGCGAAAGUGGCAGCACCUUGCAGCUUACAAGGGCUGAAAGUGGCAGCACCUUACAGCUUACAAUGGGCGAAAGUGGCAGCACCUUGCAGCUUACAAGGGCUGAAAGUGGCAGCACCUUACAGCUUACAAGGGCUGAAAGUGGCAGCACCUUGCAGCUUACAAGGGCUGAGAGUGGCAGCACAUUGCAGCUUACAAGGGCUGAAAGUGGCAGCACCUUUCAGCUUACAAUGGGCGAAAGUGGCAGCACCUUGCAGCUUACAAGGGCUGAAAGUGGCAGCACCUUACAGCUUACAAUUGGUGAAAGUGGCAGCACCUUGCAGCUUACAAGGGCUGAAAGUGGCAGCACCUUACAGCUUACAAGGUCUGAAAGUUGCAGUACCUUGCAGCUUACAAAGGCUGAAAGUGGCAGCACCUUACAAGGGCUGCAAGGUGCCGCACCUUAAAGCUUACAAGGGCUGAAAGUGAAUGAGUGUCAUAGACAUAGAACUGUUUUGUUUUAUCCAAUCAAAAUGUUCAUGUCAUUUGUUGUGUUGUUUUCUUUCCCCCACAUCCUAAAUGUGUUUUAAUUAGAUAUGUAUUUCUUCCCUUUAUAAAUGAGAACCAAAUGUAUCACAUUUUAGGAAAGAUAAUUGGCAUUAAGUUCUUUCAUUUUGUCCUAUCUACUUUCGGCCUAGCAGACGGAAGAAAAUAUGGGUACGCUAUACAGAGAUCAUUUUGUUAUAGAGCUUAUUUUUUGACCUUGUGUCAAAUAUUUUUUACCAAGCAUUGCAGGCAUUUGCAUAUGUUUUGCAUUUUUGUUUGCUGAGAAUGGAAACACGUCUUAGAUGUUAUUGAUUAUGUUUGUAUUAUUAUAGAAGCAGUAUUUAGUGCAACAGUCGGUUAGACUAUAAACUUUUAUUUACUAUUAACAUGUGCUUAUGUUAAAUAUUUGUUUAAGCCUUUUUUGUUAGCUGAAAAGAAGCUUUAAUACUGGUAGUUUUGUAUCAUUUUGGCAUUUUACUAUAAGAUGUAUUUUUUGGGGCAUUAUAUGUACCCGAUCAAUUUAAUACUGCAUUGGUGUACCUUGGAUUGAAUAGAUGAAAUGUGCUGAAUUUUGAUUGUUUUUAUGUUGUUAAAAAUCCUAUAAAGUUUUACUUUUAAAUCAAAUUUGACAUUUAAUGUAACAACUUUGUAUAAUUUGAUUGUUUUAUUUUAAUUUCUGUCACAUACAUGUACAUACGAAUCUACUAAAAUAUCUAUAAGGAUUUUUAGAAAGAUUUGCUUGAACUUUUCGAGGCCUGGCAAAUAAUCCAUGGCUCUAUGUUUAGCAUCGAAUUCUAAUUUAAAAACCUACUUUCCCUGCCUUGGUAAAGAAACCCAACUUCUUUAGGUUUUCUAGACAAGGCAAGCCAAGUGGAUUUCAACAUGAAGACUGAAUGAUAAAGUUGUAUACAUUUGUAGAUCCAUAUCAUGUCAAGAAAUUGUAAUGUUUCACACUAAACACUAUUUUUUUAUUUUUAUUAUUAUUUUAUAGCAAACGGCUACUUAAAUCUGAUUUACAUGCUCAAUUUUUACUUCUGUCAUUCUUUUAUUUAUUUUUUACAAUUUGAAAGACAAAUACCUUCCUUCUUUAUCAAGUUAUGACUUUAAACAUAUAAACAUUUGCCAUGGCCUUAACUUACUCUAAUCAUGAUAGCAUAAUCCUAGUCAUUCUAGUUCUCAGAUCUGACUGUAUUCAGUAUUAAUGAGCUAAAUUCAUUUUUCUUAGCAACAUUUGAGAGGAUGGCUAGUGCAGCACAUUACCCUCCUCUUUAAUUGGCAUAAUUUAAUUAUUUACUAUCAUUCUCUUAAAUCGGCACAUUUUGUAUUGCUUUGACACGGUAUGGUAUAAGUAUCCAGAAUUUCACUGAUCAAAGAUUUGUUUAACCAGUUGUUUUUGUGGUGCCUGCGAAGCAUGGCAGACAUAUAGGAGUUACAUUGUCUGGCGUCACACUUUUGUCCUUGAUUGAUAAUUAUUGAAAUAUGUGUUGUAGUUUUCACACUUGGUAUACACAUUGGUCAUAGGCAGUUAUGACCCCGAUUCAUUUUUGGGUCAAAUGCUCGAAGAUCAAGAUCAUUGGACCUUUUACUAGAAAAAUCAUAGGUGCACGCGACAGGUGACACAUUCAAUAUGCCAAAGUAUGAUACCCAGUAGAUAAAGUGUCACAUUCUCAGUCAUAGCAUGAAACUCAACCCUUGUUUAAGUUUGUUCACUGUGUAAUCAAAGAGCUUUUGGUUUUAUUUAAUGCAGAAAAUCUGUUUCAAUAUAAUCCCCUAUCUUUCCAGAGAGAAGCACCCUUUUGGAGUAGAUUUUUAUAUCAGAUUGUGUCAUUCGUUAGUUAUGAUUUUCUACUUUCCAUUAGUUUUGGAUGGCCUUCAGUCAUUCCUGUUGUUUGUGUAUCCCAUUUAAUGUGAACAUUGUGUGCAGUAAUACAUUUUGUAAGCAUCUAUUUCCAUGUCCAAUAAUAAAUGGUUAAACAAA